UAUAUACUGAAAUCGAGACAUCAAAUUUGCUCUCUCGCUAGAUCUUACUCAAGAUGGCGUCGUCAGUUGUACGACUUGUCGGCAAAUCUGCAAAGAAUUUAAGGCCUUUUCGUGGAAAUUUGCUGCAGAAAAGAUUUGAAUCAUUAUCAGCAUAUGAAAAGUCGUUGUAUAAUGUACCAGAAACAAAAGUAACAGUAUUACCAAAUGGAUUUAAAGUUGCAUCUGAGAAUUCAAGAAUAUCAACAUGCACUGUUGGCCUUUGGAUUGAUGCUGGGAGCAGAUUUGAAAAUGAGAAAAAUAAUGGAGUGGCCCAUUUUCUAGAACAUAUGGCUUUCAAGGGCACAAAGAAGAGAUCCCAAGUGGAUUUAGAAUUAGAGGUUGAGAAUAUGGGAGCUCAUCUCAAUGCAUACACCUCUAGGGAACAAACAGUUUACUACGCAAAAUCGUUCUCAUCUGAUCUUCCUAAAGCCGUCGACAUUCUUUCUGACAUCAUUCAGAAUUCUACACUUGGUGAAACGCAGAUUGAGCGAGAACGAGGCGUGAUUCUACGAGAGAUGCAGGAAGUCGAAACUCAAAUAGAGGAAGUAAUAUUCGAUCACCUACAUGCAACAGCCUACCAAGGCACUCCGCUUGGGUACACAAUUCUGGGUCCAUCAGAGAAUGUCAGAAAAAUAUCCAGAAAUGAUCUUCGCGAAUACAUUGACAAACACUACAGUGCUCCAAGAAUGGUACUUGCUGCAGCUGGAGGAGUCGACCACGAUGAGCUGGUUAAGUUGGCAGAAAAGCACUUUUCUGGGCUCAGAUCAAGUUACAGCGAAACUGAAAGGCUCAACCCAUGCCGCUUCACUGGAUCUGAGAUCCGAAUUCGUGAUGAUGAAAUGCCGUAUGCACACAUCGCAAUCGCUGUAGAAGGAUGUGGAUGGGCGCACCCUGAUUAUUUCACUUUGAUGGUUGCUAAUAUGCUUGUUGGAAACUGGGACAGGUCGAUGGGUGGAGCCAAGCACAUGGCCAGCCCAUUGGCACAAGUUGUUAGUCAGAAUGACCUCGCCCACAGCUAUAUGUCUUUCAACACUUGCUACACCGAUACUGGUCUAUUUGGAACCUACAUGGUUACUGAUAGAAUGAAAAUUGACGAUUUGUUGUUUAAUGUUCAGUCUGAAUGGAUGAGGCUUUGCAGCAGCAUUAAGGACUCAGAAGUUGAAAGAGCGAAGCGACUUUUGAAAACAAACCUUCUUCUCCAGUUAGAUGGAUCAACCCCAGUGUGUGAAGAUAUCGGAAGGCAAAUGCUUACAUACGGUCGUCGAAUUCCAUUACCUGAACUCGAUAAACGAAUUAGUAUGAUCGAUGCGAAGGCAGUCAAAGAGGUUGCAUCGAAAUAUAUUUAUGACAAAUGCCCAGCAGUUGUUGGAAUAGGCCCUAUCGAACAACUGCCUGACUACAACAGAAUUCGUGGCUCUAUGUGGUGGAUGCGUUUGUAAAGUUUGGACUCAUAGUUACAUUGAACGAUUUCGAAAUUUAAACUCUGAAUGACGUUAGUUUUGGAAAUUCCACGCAAAUCGUGAUGUAUUUGUCAAUAGUGAACCACUGCAAACUUCUUAAGAAUUCCGAACAGUUUUUGUUGCUUUAUUGAGGAUAAUCUUUGAAAAUA